AACAGACGCUGUACGUACUUCCUGGAGUGAAGUAAGAUACCCCUCUGUGAAAACCCAAAUACUGCUUCACCUGAAGGAUAUUAUGCUCCAGUCCACUCCUUAAUUGCUUUAGAAAACUGAAAAAUAAUAAGUCUGGCAACAAAUAGAAAACAAUCUGGUAAAACUUGUGCUUCACCCUGGCCUAGAGUGGAUUCAGUAGCGCAGCUUCUUCCCCUGCUUGCAAUUGAAGUUGGAGAGAGAGAGAAAGAGAGAGAAGGCACUCUUCCUCAGAGCCUGCUUACCCCAUCACAGCUGCUCCAGCAGAAAGCUUCUCCCACUUGAGCGCCAAAUAGAAGGCCCCUCAGCCUGGUUCGCGUUUUCUAAAUGGUCUCGUUUUGCAGGAAGUUGCACGAGGUAUAGGCUUCCGUAGAAAGAGGAAGAGGAAAGGAAGAGAGUUGACCUAACGAUGAUAAGCGCCCGCAUGGACUCUAGUUGCGGGGUUCUGCUGAGAGAACUUCAGCAUAUCUGGGAUGAAAUUGGUGAAAGUGAAUCAGAGAAGGAUCGGAUGUUGAUGGAAAUUGAGCGUGAAUGUUUGGAAGUGUACCGUAGAAAGGUUGCUGAAUCCAACCAUGCUAAGGCAAGAUUACACCAAUCCCUUGCAGCCAAAGAAGCUGAGCUUGCAGCUCUUGUCGCAGCAAUUGGAGAUAUCAACCCUCAUUCACUGCCAGAAAGAAGGCCAUCCACAUUGAAGGAGCAACUUGGGUUGGUGACACCAUUAUUAGAAGGCUUGCGUGCAAAGAAAGAAGAGCGUGUCAAGCAAUUUGCAGAUAUAAAAGGACAGAUUGAAAAGAUCAGUAAAGAAAUAAAUGGUUAUGCAGAGCCAAAUGACAGUAUAACCAGUCCAGAUGCUGUCGAGGAGCAUGACUUAUCACUAAGGAAACUGAACGAAUACCACAUACAUCUUCAGUCUUUGCAGAAGGAGAAGUCAGACCGUCUUCAUAAAGUUCUUGAAUACGUGAAUGAGGUACAUGGCCUUUGUGCUUCACUUGGUUUGGACUUCGGGAAGAUGGUUAGUCAGGUGCACCCAAGCCUCCAUGAAACAGGUAAUACACAAUGUAAGAACAUUAGCAAUGACACACUGGUGGGUCUUUCUCAAUCCAUUGAAAAGCUGAAAAUGGAAAAAAAAGCAAGAAUUCAGAAGCUGAAAGACAUUGUUCCAUCACUAUUGGAACUAUGGAACUUGUUGGACACACCCAAUGAGGAAAAGAAGCUUUUUGACAUGAUCACUGGCAUCCUUGGCAGCUCAGAAAGUGAUAUCAAGGAUCCUGGUAUUCUUUCAAAUGAGACAAUUCAGCAGGCAACAGAAGAAGUUGAAAGGUUAAGUAAACUGAAAGCAAGUAAAAUGAAAGAAUUGGUCCUUAAGAGAAGGUCAGAGCUGGAGGAUAUAUGCCAAAAAGCGCAUCUUGAUCCAGACAUGAGCACAGCUCCAGAGAAAUCCAUUGCUUUAAUAGAUUCUGGAAUAUUGGACCCUUCAGAACUGCUUUCAAACAUUGAAUCUCAAAUUGUAAAAGCAAAAGCAGAUGCCUUGAGCAGGAAGGACAUAAUGGACAGGGUAGACAAAUGGCGUGCUGCUUGUGAAGAAGAAAAAUGGCUUGAAGAAUAUAACCAAGAUGAUAACAAGUACAAUGCAGGAAGAGGUGCUCACAAAAAUCUUAAACGUGCUGAAAAAGCUAGAAUUAUUAUCACCAAGAUUUCUGCUAUGGUGGACAAUUUGAUGAAUCGAGCAUUAGCAUGGGAAGAGGAAAAAAAAAUGCAUUUUCUGUAUGAUGGGGUUCGAUUGACAUCUUUAUUGGAAGAUUAUGUUUUGGCAAGGCAACAGAAAGAAGAAGAGAGGAGAAGAUACCGGGAUCAUAAAAAACUGCAAGAUCUUCUGCUCACAGAGAGGGAAGCCAUCUAUGGAUCCAAGCCAAGCCCUAAAAGAAGCAGCAGCCUUAAGAAACCAAAUGGCAUCCGUUCAAAUGGAUCCGCAACCCCUACACCUCGCCGCCUUUCUCUUGGCAGUGCAACCCCAGAGCUUCUAACUCCACGAUCAUACUCUGGGCGCCAGAAUGGUUUCUUCAGAGACACCCACAGAAUGUCAUUGUCAAAAUUGAACUUUGUAGCACUAACGAAGGAAGAUGCAAUGUCAGUGGCAUCCAUGUGUCCUGAAACAGUAUCACCUCCUUCUACUUGUAGUUGAGUUUUUUCUCAGAUCAGGACUUGUUGCUGUACCGUUUGUGUUGGCUUGACGGAACAACUUUGUGUUGUGCUUUACAAACUAUAUAUAUCAAAAGGCGAGUGUGUAUUUUGGAAGCUGUCGUUGACAUAAAUCACUUCUUCACCAGUGUAUUACAAGCAGUGGAAAGUCUGCAGUCAGUGCCUUGUUCCAGAUGCACCAAUGUCUAGAGCCCUUGUGUAGAAUAUUCCUAGGCGCUAACAUGGAGAACCAACCACCAAGUGAUCCAUCCUGACAAUCUGGUGACUUGAUUUGGUGCUAUGUUGUGCAAUCAGAACUAACUGUACCUUAGUGCUGUUUUCCCUGCCAGGUUUGUACAUAUUCUUUGAACUUACCUACUACGGUUUGUAGGUUUUGAGUGUAAACUUCCUUGUAUCAUUGAAGCUUUUCUUGGUAUUCCUUCUGUUUC